AUGAGAACACGACCUCUGCCAGACAACUACGACAGGGUGCGAGAUACAUGGUGCAAAGCCGACGAGGCAGACUUGAAGAUCGGCGAGCACAGCAAGAGGAUCAUGGACAUAUUCGAGGCGGCAAGAGCAAGGCCGUCAAGGGAGCGAGGACGUUUUGGCCAAGACGUCGGCGGAGAGAGGGGGAACGGAAACAGGCUGAACAGCGACGAGGAAGGCUGCAAAGCGACUCAGCCUUGCGACCGCUACACCGCAUCGUCUCCUCCGUACGCCAACGAAGUUUCGCACCUCAGCGACGUCUCCAGUCCGGCACCUCAAUACACAAGCGUAGCUGAAGCCGUAGAAUCGCCACACCAGGCCCUUGUGAUGAGCAAUGACAGCGUCCAUGACACAAGUCAAGGAACUGUCCCGACGAAUGGAGUCAACGGCGUGCAACAGACGCCCACCAGCCACGGUAAUGGGCGUGGCAGGGACUACGUCACCGCCUGCAUGUGGCUCCAGCAGUAUGGCAACGGCGAGAAGAAGACUUCCGUCACGGGCUUCCAGAUCCACUGGCCAGGUUUCUACUUCACAGGCCUGGUAUACGAGGAGCGCUUCACUAUCGUCGUUGACGAGUCGGCGCCAGCGGCAGCACCGGCAAGAAAACGAGGACGAGGGAAGAAGCGCCCGGCGUCGUCCGGGGCAGAGCAGCCGCCUCCCACCAAGAAGCGAGGACCCAUCCGCAAGUUCUCGUGCAAGACAUGCCGCGAUCGUCACGUGAAAUGCGAUGGCCAGGAAGGCAGCAGCACCAAAUGCAAGAAUUGCGUUAAGUAUAACAGGGAUUGCGACCGCGACACUGGGGACUGCGUAUAUGUAGGCAAAGUCGACCAGGGCCUGUUCAUCGAGAACGGCGCGCACCGCACGCAACACAUCAACCCGGAGGACAAAAAUGAGCUGACCCAGACCCGCCACAUGUCGGGGCCCCUAAACCACCCGGUCCUCAUUCUUGGCGUGUCUGCAGACGGCAGCUACUGCCACGUCACCACAAUCUCAGCCAAAGAGGAUGGAGAGAAUGGCACGACCACCAUAACCACCACCAUGGACAAGACGGGCAUCCGCAGCUCGCCAUCCGCCAAGAACUCUACUGUCCCAAGCCGCAAGCGCGAGCACGACGAUAACGACGUUGUAAACUUCCAUGGGCUCGUCGCCAUGGGUGUUCUCUCCCCGGACGAGUUCGUGGGUCUCGCCGACGACACUGCAGACGCCGAGAUCAUGGAGGACGCCAUGGUUCCCUCUUUCCCCAGCACCGUCGCCAUCCCCGACGACGACGACGACGAAAACCUCCUCGACGUCGAGGCCGUAUCCGUUCUUUCUCAGAGCCGAAAGUGGUGCUCGUUGCUUGGGCACUGCUGUGACUGGCUUUGGCUGCACUGGUAA